GCGUCUUUAUUGCUCUAACCCCUGGACGUGGUGCGGCAUGCUGUGGUAGCUUGGGCAUGGCCGCGUCGCUUCAGCUCCAACCACCCGCUUCCUCUGCCUUCUCGAUCCCGAUCCAUAAACACCCUCGCCUGAUCGCCCAUCAUGGCAAGCCAACAUCCGCCCCGUACGCCGCCGAUGAUGAGCCCCCGUCUGGAUCUCAAGCUCCAUGACUCUCCCUUUUCCGACUACUUUACCGACCGUUCCUCCUCCCCUCGUCUGACGCCCAGCAAAGCGCAGCGAUGUCUGUUGGAUCGCCUUACCCACAUCGCCGGUCAAAUCCUUCGCGGGGAGCCAGACUCCAUGCUCGCCGAGCACCUGCAAGAAAAUCUUGACGCGGUCCAUGACAUCCUCACCUCGCCCGACUUGCAAACACGCCAGUCGCCUGAGUUGGUCGACUCAGGAUUCGUCGACGGCAUCGACGACGACGACGACGACGACGACGACGACGACGAUGCCGACGUCUUGAGCAUAUCGAAGCAUUUGCAGGAGGUGGGCCUCGAGCUCCACGGUCGGAUAGAGAAUGGAGAUGAGGAAACUGAAAAGGAUGAACUGCUGGCCGAGCAGCAGGAUGUCUUGGAACGCAUGACCAAAUUAUCAGCCGAACUGCGUCAACGCUACAUGGACACCAAAGACAACUAUACUCUUCUCGUGGCGAAGCUUGAAAACGCUACAGCCGACUUAGCUUCCGCUCGUUCUGAAAAUGAAAUUUUGCGCGCAGACAACGAUUCUCUCCGUUCGGAUCUUCUUUUCGACUAUUCCGAAUUGCUGUUCUUGAAAGUCCAACUGAAGGUCCUGGAAGUGCGUUCUGCACCUCACAAGUUUGAGAAUGUCAACAGCGAGCUGCUAGAAAGCAUCGAACAAUGGAAGGAAGACUGGUUUAUGUUGGACGCACGCUUCCAUUCCCGCAAGGAGAAGGCUGGGAGUCUAGAGUUAAACAAUCUCUUGGAAGAGGGAGAACAGCUGGCUAUGGAAAUGAUGCAGAGCGUGGAGGAGGCUUCCAAGGCCAUGGAUUGUACAUCGCUUCCGGAACCCAGUAUGGGAGAUGCCCUUGCCGAGGAGACACCGCUGGAUAGCUUGUCAGGAGAAAAGGACUCCAGUCAUGACCAUGACCUCAGCGCGGAUUCUCUUCAUGAAGCGGAAACUGGGGCUUGCCGGUCUGAUGGAACUACGGUCGAGCAACCGGCAGGUGACUUUGCGAAUACCGACAGCCAGCAUGCUGCAUCCGAGGACAUAUGCACACCUCGCACUGAGCACACAGGCCAUUGCAAGAAAAGCCUUGAAGCCACCCCAACGCGGACGGCUGCCACCUCGAAUCCGGGCGUUCUCUCGACCAUUUGGGAUGCGCUCGCUGAUGCUACUGGCGUCGGUAUGUAUGAUCAUUUCUAUGACGAGUUCUGGGAGGAAGAUUGAGUCACGACACAGCCUGCAUUGUCGACGCUACCACGAUACACUUUUGCGCCUUAAUUUGCUACUCUGCGCCAAACUCGACGAAGUUGCGGGUGUUGGGGGCGUUUUGUUAGGUUUCAUGUUUUUUUGUUUGCGCGGAACUGUUGCUCCAUAACGAUGUCAUGCACGAUGCAGGAAGAUACCCUGUCCAGCGCUGUAAAAUUGAUCCGCUGGCUUUUUGUUAUUUUUAAACUCUAAACUGAACAUACACAUACACACACACGAGUCUCCAUAUCUUAAGUAACACUCGAGCUUCUCGAAGCGCGCAAAUAUAUUAUACGC